AUGUCGGAACAAGAACAAGCUGCUGGAAAGAGAAAGCGUGCCAGCAAAGACCAUGACCAGCUCGACGAAAUGUCUAACCCUUUACCUGUAGGGACUCAGUCCUGCCCUCCUCCAGAGCUUCCCCAGCUUGUCGCAGAACAGCAUGUUCCCGUUCCCUCCCACGAUAAGGACACGCAGCGCUUAAUUGUGGUUCUCUCCAAUGCCAGUUUGGAAACCUACAAGGCCGUCUCAAGUGGACGGAGCGGAACCAAAGAUGAGAAGUUCUCUUUGCUGAACAGCGAUGAGCACAUCGGUAUCAUGCGCAAAAUGAACCGUGAUAUUAGUGAAGCCCGUCCGGACAUCACCCACCAGUGUCUUCUUACCCUGCUCGAUUCCCCCGUGAACAAGGCCGGUCGCCUGCAGAUUUUUAUCCACACGGCCAAGGGUGUAUUGAUCGAAGUCAACCCCUCCGUCCGCAUCCCCAGAACUUUCAAGCGAUUCGCUGGUCUGAUGGUUCAACUGCUCCACCGACUCUCCAUCCGCUCCACCAACUCGCAAGAGAAGCUCCUCAAGGUCAUUAAGAACCCGAUUACCGAUCACCUGCCGCCCAACUGCCGCAAGGUCACCAUGAGUUUCGAGGCGCCCGUGGUCCGCACCAAGGACUAUUUGGAGACACUGAAGCCUAACGAGAGCAUUGCCAUCUUCGUCGGUGCCAUGGCCAAGGGUCACGAUGAUUUUGCCGAUUCUUUCAAGGACGAGACUAUCAGUAUCAGUAACUACAGUCUCAGUGCCAGUGUGGCUUGCAGCAAGUUCUGCCAUGCUGCCGAAGAGGUCUGGGAUAUUCUGUGA